AUGGAGGGUCCGUUGUCGAAAUGGACGAAUAUGGUCCAUGGAUGGCAAUAUCGAUGGUUCAAACUCGAAAAGGAUGCUCUUUUAUAUUACACAUCGCGCGACAAAAUGCUCAAAGGGCAGCAAAGAGGACAAAUUCGACUGACUGGCGCUGUUGUCGGCAUUGACGGAGAGAAUAAUAGCCUUUUCACGAUUACCGUUGAAGGAAAAACGUUUCAUAUGCAGGGUCGCGAUGUCCGAGAAAGAAACCAGUGGGUGAAGACACUUGAACAAACGAUCCGAGUCCUCAACGGGUACAAGAGCGCCGGCACCUCGGCCAGCAAUCCACCUCUUCACCAUUUCAAACAAAAAACGGACGAAGCCAACCAAUUGCUGAAAGAUCUCGUUUCGAGGGUUAAUGAACUCGAGCAAAUCAAGAACAAUGGAGAAGUGGGAAGUGUUGAAAAGAGAACGAUUGAUGAUGUUAUUGCGACGACAAACAACCUGCUGAAUACAGUAAAACACUCGAUUAUAUACCUCCAGAUGCUUCAAGCUCGCUUAAAUCCAGACAUCAAAUUGGAGAAGAUGAUUCAUUUGGAGUUCGAUGCGAAUCAGACCGACAACGUCGGGGCGAAAGAGUUGGUGAGCACGACAGCUGGAGCUGGAGGAGCAGCAGCAGCGGCAGCGAGCAACAAGACCGCCGACGGUAACGAGAAGCCGAUCUCGUCGAUUGAACAUCUUGAACACCUCAAACCCCAGCAUCAGCGAGUCGAAUCAUACGCAAGUAGCGACGAGGAGGAAUUUUACGACGCCGACGAAGAACUCAUUGAUUUGGACAUUGUGACGGAGAAAGAGGGCGAACAAGUCGAUACGACUCCAGAAAUUAUGUCUACGGAAGAGGAUGAUAUCGAUUUUGGGGAUGCUAAUGAGGAUUUUGAUGAGAUUUAUAAUAAUGCAGAGGAGCAUGACGUUGGAGAUGUGCAGCAGGAGCACGGAUCGGUUUUGAUGCAUUUACUCAGUCAGGUCUCGGUCGGAAUGGAUCUUACAAAAGUCACGUUGCCGACAUUCAUAUUGGAAAGAAGAUCACUAUUGGAGAUGUACGCGGACUUUUUUGCUCAUCCUGAUAUGUUUGUGAGCACCACUGGAAUUGAGACACCGGAAAAACGAAUGAUCGCCGUUGUCCGUUAUUAUCUGAAUGCGUUCUACGCGGCGCGUAAAAGCGGUGUCGCGAAAAAGCCUUACAAUCCGAUUCUCGGCGAGACGUUUAGAUGUCGAUACACUGUGCCGAACACGACGCCGUCGCCGAAGAAGACCGAAGCCGGACCGUGGCCGGGAUCCAAUGAGAAUCAGUUGACGUUCAUUGCUGAGCAGGUCUCGCAUCAUCCGCCAAUCUCGGCGUUCUACGCCGAAGUCCCAUCUCAAGGAAUCUCAUUCAACGCCCAUAUCUACACCAAAUCUUCAUUCUUGGGAUUGUCAAUUGGUGUGCAAAACCUUGGUGAAGGUGUCCUCACACUGCAUCGCUAUAACAAUGAACAGUACACGUUCACAUUUCCCAGCGGAUACGGUAGAUCAAUUAUGUCGACACCUUGGGUUGAAUUAGGAGGAAAAGUGAAGGUCGCUUGUCCCAAGACGGGUUAUUAUGCAGAUAUAGAAUUUUUGACGAAGCCGUUCUUUGGCGGAAAACCUCAUCGAAUUCAGGGUUCCAUUUAUAAGGAAGGAUUGAAGAAGCCGAUUUUAACGAUUCGCGGUGAAUGGAAUGGCGUGAUGUAUGCCAAGCCACCAAAUGGCGAAGAAUACACGUUUUUGGAUGUGAAGGCGAUUCCGGAAGUGAAGAAGGAAUGUGUUCCGGUGAUGCAGCAGGGAAAACGAGAAAGCCGAAGAUUGUGGAGGCAUGUGACGGCGGCAUUGUUGAGAAAUCGCAUUCAGAUUGCAACGACAUCGAAAAGAAUCAUCGAGCAAAGACAGCGAAAGGAAGCUAAGGAGCGCCAUGAGCGCGGUGAGACCUGGAAUCCGACUCUUUUCGAGAAGGAUGGCGACGGUUUCGUGUACAAAUACAGACUGAACAACCGUGAUAAAGUCUGA